CUGCUGAUUCCAACAUUGGAAUUAGGGAACAAUGGGCGCGAUCCAUCUAAAGUGUUUGGAACGAUGGUUAGAAGAAGGCAACAGGAAUAGUUGCGAAUUGUGCGGCCACGAAUUCCGAGUUGAACGGACACCUCGUUACAAGGUCCUUCGCUCCAUUAUAAUCUGGCUCUGUCUAAAUCAAGACCAGUAUGACAUGUAUGCCCGCAGCGUGAAGGCCGACUUGCUGAGAUGUCUCAUAAUCACCCCCGUAACCAUUGCAUGCACUUACGUGUGCGUGGUGGCAGCGGACUUUUACGCUAUGAACAAUUACGACAAUUUUCCACCUGCGCGAUGGACUACUUAUUCCCUGCUCUCAAUGAUGGCCUUCCUGAUUCUGUCUUACUUCAUUUGGAUUUAUAUAUCGUUGCAAUAUCACCAAAAAGCAUGGUUUUGCUGGUGGCAGAAGAGCAGCAGCGUGAAAAUCAUCGGUUCCAUACCAAAUGGUGCUGCAUCAGUCAGUAACAAGCGUGCCCUGUCAGAAAUUUAAGGAUAGGCGGUGAUUGGAAAGUUCAUUAAGACGCUC